GCCAUUAAACCCAAAAGUGGAAGAAGACGAGAAGAAGAAGAAGAAGAAGGGGCAGCUCCUAUUCACAUGACUCGGCCAGCCAUGGGUUACACUUCCCACCUCUUUUGUGCCCGCAGCAACUUCUACUCUGGCUGUUUACUGCUCAUCUUGUCUCGACAGUCUCCGUCGCUCAGAGCGCUCAGCUCCGGCCCUCAGAUCAGUCGCAGCUUGAAAGAAAGCUACAGGCUUCUGCAACUCCCAGACGAGGGACACAGCAGUCCCGUGCAGGUGAAAGAGGCCUACCUUCGCCUUGCCAAGCUCUACCACCCGGACUCUGGAGCUCCGACUGCUGAUCCAGGGCUGUUUGCUCGGGUGGAGGAGGCCUACCGAGCUGUGCUGGCUCAUCAGAGCAAGACCAAGAAGCCUGAUGGAGGAAAGGAAGUGGAAGAUGAGGAUAAGUCCAGAGGUACAGCCUUUCCACACAGACACUACCUCAGCUACGAGGGUGUGGGUUCAGGAACACCCAGCCAGCGUGAGCGUCAGUACCGGCAGAUUCGUGUGGACCGGGCGUCCGAGCAGGUUUUGGACUACCGACAGAGGGAGCACGAGAGGGCUGCUGCUGCAGAGGGGGCACUGGUGGAGCGGGACAUCCGUCAGCGUAGUCGAAAGAUCAAAAUCACCCAGGCUGUGGAGCGACUGGUGGAGGACCUGAUCCAGGAGUCCAUGGCCCGAGGAGAUUUCAGGAACCUGAGUGGCGCCGGAAAGCCCCUAAACAAGUUUGAGCACAAUCCAUACGCUGAUCCAAUGACCCACAACCUCAACCGCAUCCUCAUAGACAAUGGUUAUCAGCCUGCAUGGGUCGUCACACAGCGUGACAUCCGGGAAAACACUGCUCACAUCCGAAAAAGGUUAUUAGAGGGGAGGGCCAAGCUCGGUGACCCAAUGACCCCAAAAGAUCAGAGCCAAUGGGAGCAGCUGUGUGCAUCUGUAGAAGAGGAGUUAGUGAAACUGAACAAAGUGGUGGAUAAUUACAACCUCAUCGUACCGAUGCUCAACAUGCAGAUGGUUCACUUCAGUUUGUCACGAGAGAUUGAGCGGGCGGUAAAAGCAGCUCGUCAACACAGACUGGAGCAGCAGAGAGAGAGAGAGAAGGAGAGAGAGAGGAGGAAGGAGGAGAAAAAAAGAGCCAACGCCAUAACAAGGCAGAAAAACACCAAACAAGGCCUGAUGUCGUGGAUGAAGAAUAUGCUCCGACUAGAAAACUAAAGUCUGAAUUCAAGGGAACAGAAAAUGUAUCUGAGGACAGUGUUUUUCUUUUCUUUUCUCUUAAACCAAUAAUUGUCCUCUGAAAGACUUGCCCACCUUUUUUUUUUCUUUAUUGGUCCAUCAAACAGAAUAUUGCUGAAAGGAAAAAUUGUAAUCAAUGCAUCGAAAAUGUUUGUUUUUCUGCAAGACAGAAAGGGAUCUAAAAUGGCUUUGUGCCAACCAAAAACUUGUUUACAAAUCAGUAAACUCUGAGUUUGAAUCUGAAGCUUACAUUUGAGCUGGGUGGGACUCAAGCACAAAAAUGUAAAACACAUUUAUAAUGGCAGGUCUUUGGCGAGUGACUCAGCUAGACUGCAGAUCAUACAUUUAAAUUCUAAAGCAAAAAAAUAAUUUGAACACAAAUUUGGGAUUUAGAAAAUUUAUUACAGAUGAAUUCUACUUGCAAGAAAUCCAUUUAAAAAUUGCAACAUUAAAAUUCUGCCCUUAAAUCAUUUUUGUGUUAUUUCGGUUAGCACAAACAUACUUCAUAAUAGUUUCUAAAUCAAAGUCAGACACAUGUGGAACCACUGAACAUUAUUGGACUCUGUGUGAAUACUGUUAUUGUCACCAUCACUUGUAAGUGGGAGAACAGAAGCCACUGAGUUAUCGUGCUUUUUGACGGGAAAGUGUCAUUAAUGAAAAUGCAUGUGAAGCAAAUUUAACUUUAUGGUUAAAGUUUUUUCUGUGAAAUUACUUUUGUGAAAAUUCCAACCUUACACUGUGACUACUGGUUGCUAUGUGACAUUAAAGUAAAGGUGAUAUAA